AGAACGACAAGCAAACCUCGCGGAACCAUCAAACAUAUUCAGAACAACUCGAGUUCCAUCUCAAUACCGUCAACAUGGUUCUCGCAGUCGACCUUCUCAAUCCAACCCCUCAGGCUGAGGCCCGCAAGCACAAGCUGAAGACUCUCGUCCCAGGCCCACGAUCCUUCUUCAUGGACGUCAAGUGCCCUGGAUGCUUCACCAUCACCACUGUUUUCUCGCACGCACAAACCGUCGUCGUCUGCGCCGGCUGCUCGCAGGUGCUCUGCCAGCCAACCGGUGGCAAGGCCCGUCUCACUGAGGGCUGCUCUUUCCGGAGAAAGUAGACGAUUCGAUACGAUGAUUGCGAUGGGAAAGGAGGAGGUAGACGGGAACGGAUGACACCACCGCCUCGGCUUCAGCGUAGAUCCAUGCUGUAGCCUCGAAGAAUCGAAAUCGACUCACCCUUCCAUGCUUUUGACAAAACGGUGGAUCAUGUUAUGAUGGAUUAUUCUAGGCGUUACCGGAGUGGAAUAUGUGCAUUGGAGGUGAGAUCGCAUAUACCGUUCCAGCGAGCUUAGAGCGAGGACCUAGAAGGCAGUGCAUCGAGGAGUCCUACCCUUGCAUUGGGGUCUGCAGACUUGAUCGUCUAUGAAAAAUCAAAAAGGACAAAUCUAAAAACAUGC